UCUCUAUCUCUUCUCUAAGUAUAGCUUUGGUUUGCAUAUCAAAAUGAGAAGCUUAGGGAAGCUGGGGCAAUUGCCCCUACUUGCAGCUGCUUUGGCAAUUUGCUUAGCAGCCAGCACUGUUUUUGCUGAUUACUCCUAUGGUUAUACUUCUCCCUCACCUUCUUACAGCUCUAACAAGUACUACAAAUCACCAUCUCCAUCUAAGUAUAAUGUGCCUACUCCUUACUACAAGAAACCUGUUGAAUAUUCACCAUCACACAAAUACUACAAAGCACCUGUACCUUCCAAGCACAACUACUACAAGUCUCCAUCGCCAGCAAAAUAUUACAAAUCGCCUACUCCUUCAAAGCAUUACUACAAGUCGCCAAUUGCUAAGAAGUAUUACAAGUCACAUACUCCUUCGAAGCAUCACUACAAGUACCCAGUUCCAUCAAAGCAUUACUACAAGUCGCCAUCGCCAGUAAAGUACUACUACAAAUCACCAUCGCCGGUUAAGCACUACUACAAGUCCCCAACUCCUUCAAAGUACUACUAUAAGUCACCAUCGCCAGUAAAGUACUACAAGUCACCAACUCCUUCAAAGCAUUACUACAAGUCACCAGCGCCGGUAAAGUACUAUUACAAGUCCCCAACUCCUUCAAAGCACUACUACAAGUCCCCAACUCCUAAAUACUACAACUCACCAUCACCAACGAAAUAUUACAAGUCACCAGUUUACUACAAAUCUCCACCACCACCAGCUUAUUAUGAAAAAUCACCUUCAUACUACAAAUCACCUCCACCUCCACCACCAAAAUAUUACGAGGAAUCACCAACUAAUUAUAAGUCUCCACCUCCACCCUACUAUGAAUCUCCACCACCUCCGCCAAAGACCUAUGAACAACCACCAUCAUACUACUCACCUCCACCACCUACGAAGUACGAGCCAUCAACCACCUAUGCUUCACCUCCACCACCAACGAACUACGAAGAACAAGCACCCACCUAUGCCUCACCUCCACCACCUACGGAGUACGAGCCAUCAACCACCUAUGCUUCACCUCCACCUCCAUCACCAUCUCCCCCACCAACCUAUAACUAGUAUUCAAAUCCUUCAUUUCAAUAUUUUUCCACCAUUUCUCUGACUUUAUAACUCAUUUUCAUCCUCCUAUUUGGAGCAUUUCUAUUUCCUCUGCCAAAAUUUGUUUGUAUGCUUUCGAAAAUGAUGGACUUUGCUU